CCCUGUUGUUGUACAACAGUGAACAGGAACAGUAGCAUUCUUGUUACAGCACAAGUCACGAUGUAACGGAUAUUUACGUCUGCGAAAGUUGCGUUUAAUGUAGUGGAUGAAUUAUGUUACAGUGAGUUUAUUUACGGAAAACUGGAAAUGGAUUUUCUCAUUAUUGUUGCCGCAUGAGUUUUCAAUGUGAAAUUAAUAAGCUAGUCCCAGUCCAGCUACAAUGAAUGCUAUAGAGUGUUGAUUUCGGUCAAGUGCAGCGUGCAUCUUCAGAAGAAAAUUAGCAACUAGGCUUUUUGAAUAUACAGAAAAUUCUCUUUCGAUACUCACCAAAAGGAAAAGUGCCAAUUCAGUAUUUGAUCACAAUAAUAUAGAAAUGAGGUGAAAGACAUGUGAUAUUUGAUAAAUGGGAGAAAACGAAUACGACAUAAUAAGGUAGAUAUGCAAUACAAGAAGGUUCGUGCUAAUUGAUAUUGAAGGAAGGAUUCUGGCGUGAUUUCAACGAAAAUUUAUUCCACACAUCAAUUGAGUUAUGGGUGUCCGAAUCCUCGAAUCUGUAUGGCGAAUGAUACUAACCUCAACGAAACAGUGGUAAUUCUGAUGGAUGAUGCUGGAUACAUAGCAUCGGCAUUGGCUUUAUUGAUUAUAGGAGUUCUGGGCUUCUUUCUCAAUCUUUUCGUGAUAAUCUUGAUGCUCAGAGAUAAGCAGCUUUGGACGCCUUUGAAUAUCAUACUAUUCAAUUUGGUGUGCAGUGACUUUUCGGUUUCCAUCUUUGGGAAUCCUUUCGCUCUUCUGUCUGCACUAGCUCACGGUUGGAUCUUCGGAACUAUGAUGUGCCAAAUAUACGGAUUCUUCAUGUCACUUUUAGGUAUAACAUCGAUAACGACUCUCACCGUACUUGCCUUCGAAAGAUACAUGAUGGUCUCGAGACCUUUUCAAAACUACAUAAUCAGCAGAAGAAGUGCCACGAUUCUGGUUUUAGGAAUUUGGACUUAUUCCCUUGCGCUGACAGUGCCACCUCUGGUUGGAUGGGGUAAAUAUGUGAACGAAGCUGCAAAUAUCAGCUGUUCCAUCAACUGGGAGACGCAAACGCUAAACGCCAUGAGCUAUAUUUGCUACCUCUUCAUUUUUGGACUGUUUAUUCCCGUAACAAUUAUAGUCUUCAGCUACAUAAACAUCGUAGUGCAAAUGAAACAGAAUUCUAUCAAAAUGGGCCAGGUAAGGAAAGCCGAGAAAAGGAUUGCCUACAUGGUACUUUUGAUGAUCAUUCUGUUCAUGGUAGCUUGGACACCAUAUGCUGUGUUGGCACUGCUGAUACAAUUCGGGGAUGCUUCUUCCCUAUCCCCAGGAAUACGAGUAAUUCCGUCCCUUUUAGCUAAGAGCAGUAUCUGCUAUAAUCCAAUUGUAUACGUCGGUCUGAACGCUCAGUUUCAGCAAUCCUGGAAGAGGAGAAAGCAAAAUUCUUCAAACAUGAGUGAGAGCUACAAUAUUUGCGUGACCAAAUAUAUACCACAAAACACGGAUUCUCCAUUGAAAAUUCAACGAAAAUUGGAUUCCUCUGUGAUAGAAUCGAGAGGAGACAGCAAAAGAAGAGUUGCGCACCUCACAUUACCUGUUCACCGGGAUGUGGAUGCCAAUAAAAAUGAUGGAGAAAAAUGUGAAGUAACUCAAGUUUGACAUCUGGAAAAGCAGCUCAUCAUUUUUGUAGCUCAUUUUAUCUCAGUAUCUUUUUAUGACAAACAGAAUAUGUUAGCCAAUAAAUAUUUUUUAGUUAAUUA